AGAACUCUUGGCUCCAAUUAGGUCCUUCUGUAGCCUGCCAUGAUGGCAGGCUUCUGAAGGGCGAUUUCCACCAUGGGAAUCUCCGCCAUUAUGGCUUCUUUCUUCGCGGGAAGCAAUCAUGUCGCCGAAAAGAGUUGGACACAAUGGCGACAUCAUCGAAGCCCGCGGUCCUCCCGCUGGCAGCGGAGGGAAAGAGCAAGGACCUGUACGCGAUCUUGGAGGUAGAUCGCUCGGUGGGCGUGGAGGCUCUACGGGCCGCCUACCGUAGGGCCGUCCGUCGAGCGCAUCCCGACAAGGGCGGCAGUGCGGAGGCCUUUCUGGCUGUGGCGCGUGCCUUUGAGAUCUUAUCAAACCCAGCUUCCAGGAGUUCCUAUGACCAAGAGCUCGCCACACCGCGAGUCGCCAAGCGAUGCCGAGACGACGAGAUCCGCGGGUCUUCAGCGCGUCGCAAACGGUCGCAGGAGGAGUACCGACUGCAGGAGUCGCUGUCGAGGCUCCGAGAGGUUCUGCAAUCGAUGGAGCUUUGUAGUCGAAAGCGUGGGAUCUCCACUCUGCCCAUGGACAUCAAGACGCAUCUCGCCCAGUUCAUGGCUGACGCGACCCCCACGGACGCCGUCCACACCGCGGUGGACGGUCGGACAGCGCUGUCCAGCUCGCUUCGACUUCGAGCAAUGUCAGUGAAAGGGUGCAAGAAGUACAGUGCGCAGAUGGAUCUUGACUGCUUGCGCAGCUACACGCGCCACGUGGCCUUCGACGUGGCCCUGGAGCAGCAGCUCAUCCUCUCGGAUCUCAGGGACAAGCUUUUCAUGGCAGAUGAGGUCGACCCGUCGAUCUGGGCGCCACCCUUCAAGGUCUGCGAGAUCAUCCGACACGUUCUUGCAGCACAUGGGACAUGCGAAAAGCAGCUGGGUCUCAGCGUCUUUGUCCAGCUGCGAGCAUCUGAGUGGGUGGCCAACCGCUACAGUUUGACCAGUCCGGUGAUGUGCUUCGCCAAGGCGGUGAAGCUCCGCUGGCGCCUGAAGAGCGCGCGGACCUGGCCCGAGCUGCGCGAGGAGUGGCUGCAACUGCUGCAGAGCGGACGUCGGAGGCUGGACGAGGCAGCUGCCGUGCAGUUGGUGGACGCCGCGCGGCGGCAGUUUUUGCAGCAGAAGUUCCAGAAGGCCGUGACCAAGGUGUCACAGGCCCUGGACGUACAAACGCGCACGAAGAUGCCCAAGAUCUCCGAGCCGCCGCAGGCCAGCCACAAGUGGUGCUGAACAAGCGCCAUUGGUGUAGACCUCAGAUGCCAGAACAGCGCAUCACUUUCCGGUUCGCCAUUGCCCCACUCUGCCAGUUUGGCGCUUCUACAGCACCAAUCAUCUGGCGCUUGCGCAGCACCUUUUUAGGGGCGCUUCUUCAGCCUACCUGAGCGCGGAAGUUUUGAAGAGCCAUACAACGGCAGCCCAAGAGGGCUUUGAGACUUUCAAUAUGGGUCACUUGCAGCAAAGAUGGGAUUCUGAAGUGCCACUUGCUAGUGAUGACUUCGCUGCAAGUGAAAGCUCCCAUGAAGUCUAGUGAGUUUGGUAUAAAUCCAAAGCAGGCGAGUGGUUGGACAGGACUCGCCGGCUCAAGCAGACGCAGUCUUUGCUUCCUGCGAACGCAUGUGCAGGAAGCGUUCCAGGGAAUUCGAGUGUUGGCCAUAGCACAGGUUCGGUAUCCCGUGGCAACAGACAGGCC